AUGUUAUAUAGGGAGGCUUUGCUUAUGGUCAAUUUGUAUCACGAUGGAAAAGUAAAAGUUGUAGGUGAAGUUGCGGAAGCCGAUGGGGCAGCCAAGGGACCACCGCAAGAGACGGUGUUCUCGCUGACCAUACAACCGACUGUUGGCGAUUCUUUCGAUCUUCAGUUUGUGAUGAUGCGCGUGAUGAAAUUGUGGUUCUUUUACAGAUUAACAGUGCCGAGAUGGUGCAAGGCCAAGAGUCAUCAAGUGCUGCUAGAGCGCGAGGCGACAUGUCCCAAGACAUGUUUCAGCCUUCAGUUGAACGGCGUUACGCUUGGUUUCUCAGAAAUCCGAGCCGUGGUAGGUCUCGUAGACGGAAGUGUUCUACAUGUUGUGGAAGAGCCUUACACAAUGAGGGAAGCUCGCAUUCAUUUGCGUCAUGUGCGUGAUUUGUUGAAGAAUGGUGAUCAAGCUGAUGCCGCAUCUGCGGUUGAUCUGACGUCGCGUCAUUUUUGCCUUCGGUGA